GCCAGGGUUUGAGCACUAGGAAAGCAGCCUAACACAGUCCCUCCAAGGCUGAGCCUCCCAGAAGCUGCCCCACUAAGAUGUCCUGCAGAUUCGUGCUCCAGCUCCUGGGGUUCUGGCUGCUGCUAAGCCAGCCUUGCAGGGCGCGGGUCUCCAAGGAGUGGUUGGACCAAGUCAUCAAGGUGUGCGGUCGUGAAUAUGUCCGUGCGAUUUUCGAAAUCUGUGCAGCCUCGGUGGGGCUGGAAGAGUCAGCUCCUCGACAUAAGCGAAUGACAGACACCGUACCCUCCCUCAUCAAGGAAGAUGCAGAACCUUUUGACAUGAUGCCUAAACGCCUUCCAGAUUUGACACCGGAGCCCAAGGCAGCAGUGUCUGAUGGGCAUCCAUCUUUACCAGAGCAGCAAGAAUAUGUGCCUGUAGUGAGCGAUUCAGUUGGUACCCAAGGGGAAGAUAGCAAUCCACCAGAACUUGAAUCCUUGCACUUGGACACUCAUUCAUGGAAAAAGCGGUAUGCCGGUGUACACAUGAGCCAUCAGUGCUGCUACCGCGGUUGUUCAAGAAGAUCUCUUAUUCCGUACUGCUGA